CCCAUUUCGCCCAAUGCCACCGGCAAGGGGGGGAGGCGGCCAGCAUGCGGGCGAGGGAGACGAAGAGGAGGAGAAGGGGGAGGAGGAGGUUGAAGAGGCGGAGGAGGAGGGCAAAGAGGAAGAGGAGGAGAAGGAGCUCGAGUGUAUGGAGGGUAUGGGGAGGUGGAGGGCCGAGGGCUUGCACGAGGAAGGAGUGGGGGAGGAGGAGGAGGAGGAGGAGGAGGAGGAGGAGGAGGAGGAGGAGGAGGAGGAGGAGGAGGAGGAGGAGGAGGAGGAGGAGGAGGAGGAGGAGGAGGAGGAGGAGGAGGAGGAGGGGGAGGGGGAGGGGAGGGGGAGGGGGAGGAGGAGGAGGAGGAGGAGGAGGAGGAGGAGGAGGAGGAGGAGGAGGAGGAGGAGGAGGAGGAGGAGGAGGGGGAGGGGGAGGGGGAGGGGGAGGAGGAGGAGGACGACGACGACGACGAGUGGGGGGAGGAGAAGGGGGAGGAGGAGCAGGAGGAGAGGUCUGGCGACAACACCGAAGAAGACAUGUACGAUGCGGGGGAGGGGGAACCCGCCGAGCAUGACGACGACAUGGCGGACCUUGUGGAGGAGGUACAAGGGUUCAACUGCCUCAACUUCCGCUGCACUACUCCAAGUCUCAAGUCUCUACAGCUGGGACUUAGUCUCUGCAAAAGAUCCUAAGGGCUUUUCUCAGCCCAACAGUUCCAUUAGCCGCCUAGAACUUUCAAACUCCAAAUCUCGAGCUCCGAUCCCACCAAGAUUUCAUUUGACCCCUCAAUGGGCUGAUUUGAUUGUGGGAAGGAGAUGGAACUGAAUGUCGACCGUUGAGGCUAGAUGGGAGGCAGUGAUGACGAA